AUGAAGAUAACUACUGCAGUUGCGUCGGAUGAUGCUUCGACAUCGGAUGCAUCGUCGGAAGAAAUGGACAAUUCAGCAACGGAAAUAUCAACGGAUUCGGAAUUCGAACACGAUGGUACGACUCAAACGCGUCACGAAAUACCCGACAUAUUGAUAACGGAUCACUUGAGGAGAAACAGGGCGUGCGAAGACGUUAAAAAAGUUCAAGUGAAAUCCGGAAACAUACCCAAAACGAAUCGUCACGACUCGGGGAAAGGAGUCAAAUUGGAAUUUCUACCCCUGGUCGAAUCGAAAUCCGCGAGCGUUUUGUCUAAAAACACGAUAAAUUCCGCUCUGUCCAAACCUGCUCCCCUUUUCAAUCCUCGCAAGGGAGAUUACAUGUUGAGCAAAACUCAAUCGACGGAAGGGAUCGCGACGAAAAUAUCACUCGAAUUGAGAAAGAAAUAUUUGUUGGGAAAUGCGGGAGCUUUGAAUCCCAUAUCGAAAUCUGGAUCCGCCACUGUUCUCGAUUCCAAGCUAAAAAAUUUCGCUUCGAACAUAUCCGAGUGUCAGAAAUUGUUGAAUCCGGGCAACGAAAUCAGUCCCACAAUGCAAGCGUUUUUGCAAACUUCGCAAAAGAAAAUUCCUCCGACGUCGCCGACGAUAAUCACGCCUCCUCUCAAUCUCCCGCCUACGAGCAUGAUUUUAAGAAAGCAAAAAGAAUUGCCCCUAGGGGAAAAAGACUUCAUUCACGUGUGUGGGAAAUUGAAUCAAAAUGGUCAAAAUGAUCAAAGGUCGAAAAUGAAUGUUUUGAAUGAGAACGUACGGGAAAAAAAUAUGGCAGCCAUUCGGAAGCAAGAGGACAUUCAAAAUAAAAAUUCUAUUAUAGAAGAAAAUAAGGAAAAUGAAGGGGUUCAUCAAUUGCAGAGAAUCGAUGAUAAAUCUUUCGAAACUCCCGAUUGUCGGCCGAGGAGUCCCGUUUACGAAACGUCGAUUCUCGUGCCGCAAAUCCCUUGGAAAGUUCAAAAUUCAUCGGAAAAUUUAAGCGUGUCCUUGUCGGAAUCCGAGUCGGAAACGGAAACGAGCAGUUCGGAAAACGAGCCGAAAAAAGAAAGACUGAAACAUCAACCGCCACGAUUGGAAAUUCAUAAUUCAAAGGGUGAACUCAUGGACGAAGAAGGUUUCGAACCGGAUUCUUUGCAGGGAUGCGAAGAAGAAGUUCCCAUGUCAAUAACGAAGCAGAUCGAAUUAGCCAGGAGUAAAAUAGACGAACUUAAAAAUUCUAUGAGGAAAAAAGAUGACGAUGAUCCGAAAUCGAUUCCGGAAGAAAAACCCGUCGUCGUCACCUCGUUGUUGGACGAAAAAAAAAAACAGGGGCCACUGGUGGAAGGACAGCAAAAAAAUUCAGAUAAAGUUCGUAAGAACUCGCUUUCUUUGUCUCUCUCCAAAGAUAAGCCAAUGGAGAGUGGAGCUAAAGGAACCGGAAGUUGUCCUUCUUCCCCUGGAUCAGUUGACGAAUCGUGUAAUACUUUCGCCCUUCUCACCGAAACCGAGCUAUCGGAUUGGGCAAGAGACGGGGACAAUUGUGUAUCCGAAGAUUUGGAUGAUAUUGAAAAUAAAAUGAACAUAGAAGUGAGCGUUGCCAAUCACAAGCCGAAAGAAACGAAAAAACCCAAAAGCCUCGAUUUACCAAAUAAAGGUUACACACACGUUUGUGGUAAAACGGAAGCACCUCGACUAUUGGCAAGCAAUGAAAAUUUAGAUUUUAUGGAUACGGACGUGAGCGAAAUGGAUUCGAUAUCGGCAACGAAUAACGCUCUCCUUCAAAGUCGCGGAUAUUUUCGUUUUGUCAACGAAGACGAAUUGGCAACGCCGGUUGUCGAAAUACAAAAUACCCUAUUACCGUCUAACAAAUCACCCGAUCAAUCGAAUUCAAGUUCAUCCACUUCGAAAAGUAAUUCGAAUACUUCUUCCAACGAACAAAAAUAUCGACCGUUACCCCUCAACAGCGCCGAAGUCAAAGAAGAUUUGACGACGGAGGAAUCGACAACGAGCGAACAAACAACAAUUAAAAAUUGUCCAACGACUCCGAGUAAAAGUUUUAACGUGAAUGAAAAGUCAUUCUAUUCUCCUUUGCUCGACAUGUCACCCAUCACUCCGACGGGACCCAAAAUCGAAAAUGGCAUAACGCGACCAAGAAGCGAACUCAUCGAGGGAAAUCAAGAAUACGAAGAAUACAUUCGAAAUCUUCAAGGUCGGAUUUCGCCUUUUCAUAACGUUCGAGACUCCAUCGAUUAUAGAAAGUCGAAACAAAAAGUUGUCAAAAUGGAUGGCGCCGAAAAUAAAUACAAGAUACCGGAAGUGGACGAAGAAAAGGUGGAUAAAUUGGAGGGUGGUAGAGAAAAAGUCGGAGAGGACUCUGCGGAAAAUCCCAAUUUGAUAAAUACGACGAGUAAAAAACUUCAAGAGAUAUCUCGCGAAAGGAUUUUGCAAAAGGAUUUAGUUCACGAAAUGGUUUUGAAAAAAAUCGGUCCGGGUAAAAAAUUACCCGCGGAAAGGAAAAAUAGAAAGAUUACGAGGACCGGAUCCAGACUCUCCGGACCUCCUAUCAUACCGAACGGAGAUUUCAAAAUCGAAGAUUCGAAACCGGAAAAGGAAUCGAAUAAUUAUUCAGAAGUGCCUUUUGUAUGCGACACGUCCGAUAAUCAAACUUUUCAUACUCCUCCGACGUCUUUCCGACCCGGAACCAAAUACUCUAACCUUCCCGACACUCCCCUGACCAAUCCGGAAGCUUUCAUUAUGUCUAUGGAUUCAAAUUUUUCUUUUAAAACCCCGACGAUUCCUCCGAGAGAGAAAAAAAUGACGAAAGAGGGAGGAAACGUGGAUAAACUUCGAGAGGAUGCGAGAGCGAGAGUAAGACUCAUGUCGAACGAGGAUUUGGGUUUGAGUCCGGAAGAAAAAAUGAAAUCGAUACGGGAAAAAGUGAGCAAGUUGUUGGAAUCGCCGAUGACGAAAUCCGAGAAAAAUCUUUUCGAAACUCCCAAGAGGUCAGAGGUCAAAGGAAAAGAGAGCGGUGUGAAAAAAUCGAAUAGUAGUUUGAAGAAAAACGAUUCGUUUCUUUCGAAAUCGAGUUCGACGUCGAAAGUAUUCGAAAAACUUCGUGGACUCGACAAACCGAGUUUGGGAUUAAAAUCCGGACAGAAAUCCACUUCGGAUUUAGCAACGACGAGUUUAAAAGAUGAUGAUCCCAUGUUGAAAUCCCCGAGCAGUCCGAGCACGAGCAAUUCAUCCGGAACGAAGACUGAAACGGCGGAUAAAAAACGUUCGAGGGAUCGGGAAAGGCGGAAAAGCAUAAUACAAGCCGUUUCGGAUUUUUUUCAUAAAAAAUCACCGUCGCCGUCGAAAUCGCCUUCGCCUCCCAAAACUGCCGAUAAAUUUUCGACAAAAUUUAAACUCGCCGCUAAACCUAAGGUAAAUACCCGCGCCUUAAUCCGCGCUAAUCCCUAUUCGGCGCUUUAA